AUGAAGGUGCUUCUACUGACGCGUGUUUUUCUACUCGCGUGUUUUUCGGCAGUUUUAGGGCACGAAUUACCGCCAUCCUGCAUCAAGCCAGUCUACUGCGACAGUAAAUUACUACAUCAUGUUCAGGUGGCCCGAAUAUAUCAAGAUUCGAAAACAUUUGUGGACCUUGAAAUGCGAGAUGAACCAGAUAGAAUUCUAGCUGACUUCGAUUCACUUUUGAACCAAACUAAUGAUAAUCCUUCAAGAGAUCAGAUUCAAAAAUUCGUUGAUGAGCAUUUUGACGCCAUCGGGGAGUUGGAAGAAUGGUUGCCAACGGAUUAUAAUAAAAACCCAGCAUUCCUUAAUGGUGUGCGCGAUGAUAAUCUUAGAAAAUUGGGACAAAAUAUUAACGAUAUCUGGCCAACUCUCGGCAGGAAAGUCAAGUCUGUCGUUUUCGAACAUUCAGAACGAUUCAGCUUUAUUCCUGUGACUAAUGGGUUUAUCAUACCUGGUGGAAGGUUUAAAGAACUAUAUUAUUGGGAUACCUAUUGGAUUAUAGAAGGUCUUCUUGUCAGUGGUAUGGAAGAUACUGUUAAAGGAGUUAUAGGCAAUCUCAUAGAAUUGGUGAAGAAACUUGGACACAUUCCUAACGGUAGUAGAUGGUAUUACCAAGAGAGAAGUCAACCACCUCUAUUGACAGCAAUGAUGUCGCUUUAUAUAAAAGAAACCCAAGACCUUGAAUUCCUUAGAAAAAAUAUAGACGCCCUUGAACAGGAGUUGGAAUAUUGGCUAGACACGCAAUUGGUUACAUUUAAUGUUGGUGACGCGACCUACACUCUUCUGAGAUAUUACGCACCUAGUAAGGGUCCACGACCCGAGUCGUAUUACGAAGAUUACAAGGACUCAAGAAUAUUUGAAACUCAGGAACUUCAGCAACGAUUUUAUACAGAAAUCAAAAGUGCCGCUGAAAGUGGAUGGGAUUUCUCGACACGUUGGUUUAUUGAUAUCAACGGAGAGAACAAAGGAAAUCUUUCAACAAUCAACACCAGCGAACUUAUACCCGUUGAUCUAAACGCAAUAUUUGCGAAUGCUCUAGAAAACAUGGCUUAUUUCCAAUCUUUACUUCUGAAUAAUCGCAAGGCCAGUCACUGGGCCUACUUGGCCAAACAGUGGCGCUACAAUAUAAAAGAAGUCUUCUGGAACAAAGAGGACGGGAUAUGGUACGACUGGGAUAUGAAAAAUAAUCGUCACAGAAAGUACUUCUACCCUAGUAACCUAACACCGUUGUGGAUGAAAGUAGCCAGCAAAGGUUUUGUCAACUUAAACUCUGAACGCAUACUCCAAUGGCUUAAAAAUUCGAACGGCAUCAAUUAUCCUGGUGGAGUACCAGCUUCUUUGAUUCGUAGCGGAGAGCAAUGGGACUUCCCUAAUGCUUGGCCACCUCUAGUCAGUAUAGUAGUGAAUGCUCUUGAGACUUUGGAUACUAAAGAAUCGUCAGAAGUGGCCUUCGAUAUCGCUCAAUCGUGGGUUAGGGCUUGCUACAAAGGAUUUAAUGCCACUAAGCAGUUAUUCGAGAAGUAUGACGUGGAAAUACCCGGCAGGAUAGGAGGCGGAGGCGAAUACACUGUUCAGACAGGUUUUGGAUGGUCCAACGGGGUAGUAUUGGAGUUCCUUGCAAAAUAUGGACAUAGAAUGACUCUGUACGACAAAACUGAGGACCACCUAUUAGUACUCCCUUAUGACUCACGGUCACAAGAAUCGGCAGAGUUUUUAUCGAAAGAAAAUAAAUCUGAAAGCUAA